AUGACGAACAUUAGAACCACAACCGAUGAUGACGACCUGCACCAGAUGAGUGAUAACAAACUCUUCUCAGUCUAUCGUACCGGCAGGGAACUUCGUCUCGAAGCCCUGCAUGACGAACGCCAGCCAGGUUUACAAUCGCAUAUCGCGUGGUUAAAAAUCAAGUCAACUGAGAUGACAACGAGCGAGCGAUGGCGCGCAGUGUCAGCAGAUUGGACUUAUUUAUCGGCGGUUAGUUUGGUUCGAUUGCAAGUGAGGUCUCAUGCAGCACGUGUAGAUGUUGUUGGAGAUGGAGAAACCAUUGUUGGGAUUGUCGUUGGAACAUUUUCCCGGCUGUGGAAGUAUGUAAUGAGAUUCAUUUGGCCGAUAAAUUCAGUUGCAUCGCUGGCAGAAAUGAAACAUCGGCUUCGAAGCAAUGAACUUAUCACCGAGUCUUUGUGCAAUGUUUGGUGGGGUUUGAUGCCGCUGCAAGAUGCGACUGCCAACCUUCACUUAUCUUCAAAAUGUUAUGAGAUAUUAAAAAAAUUUAGCUACAUUAGUUUUUAUAAACUCUUUAACGUGCUUCCUGGAAUAUUCGUGCACCAUUUAGUUAAAGAGGUGUGCGAGCAAAAUUAUGAAUUCGUGCAACUUCCGUACCCAACUUCGAAUAAUUCAUCAGCUUUUUGGUUUUCAUUAAUUUUGGAAAAAUUAGUUUAA